UUUGCGGUGAAGGUGGUGAUACUUUGCGGCUUUUCCAUCCGAUUUUCUCCGGAAAAUGAGUGACCAGGACAUAAAAGUGCAAACAUUCAACGAGUUGCGUCUUGCCGAAGAUCAGUUGGACAAAAUUCCGCUGAAAAAGGUGUCCCGAAUAUCAUUGAACAGUCUCCGCCGGCAGGAAUGUGACAUCGAGGUGUACGAGUUCGUGUUCGGCAAAGUGGUGCAAUGCUUUGAUCCGGAUGAAUUUGAGGCGGAAGUUUCGGUGGCCUUGCUUCCGGAAGUGUUAAAGCACCUGGACAAGAUUGUGAUUGAGCUGAAGGAUAACGCCCUCUCCUGCUUUUUGUUAGACAACCUAAAAUCCUUCCUAUCAUUCGCCAACAUACUGUUGAACUUUGCCGAGUACGUGUUUCAAGUAUCGGAAACCUACCAACUGUACCGUACGACGACCAUAUUCUUGGAGUUUCUUAUACGUAGCUAUGAAAUCGUUCGUCGAAGUAGAGCAAAAGUUAACAGUGAAGCAGAUGAUCAUGACGUUGUACAGCAGAUUUUCGUGAUCUGCCAGAAAAUUCAACUGAUAAUGAUACACCUGCUGACGCCUUCCGACAAGGCGAGUCAUUAUUUUCAGCACGUUGAAGUUGAAGAACAAUUCACGUGUUUGAAAGACGUCAUCAUUUCGUUCUGCAAAAUUGGAUCUUUGACUAUUGGAAUAGAUAACAUACGGUGUACGGAAGCAUGGAAAGCUGUAGGAAAACUCUGCUCCUUACAUGAAGCUCAGAUUAAAGCGAACGAAACUGCGUGGAUCCACUCUCUCAUAUUCGAAACUAACAACGAGAUAGAGGCAGCGUUCAAAUCUCUGCUUGAAAACAAGGAAUUCUCAAAAAACGACAUGGUUAAAUUGAAGCUUAUCAACCUUAUACUACGGGUUUUGAUCAAAUUUUUACAUCUCAUAAAAGUCGACGAAUAUGGUGAAUACCAAGGUAUUUUAAGGACAACGGUAGUAAUCGAGGAUGCUAUUGUAUCAAGAAAUAUAGGAAAGGAGUUUACCGAAGCAAUUCGGCAGCAUUUGGUAGUCGGUUACAUGACUGUGAUUGGAUUGACCUUCAAAACCACAUCCUUCGUAAAGGCACUUACAUCGAUCAACUACCAAUCAACUGAAGAAAUAACAGCUUUUUACAAUAUCAUCAUUCUUAUUAUAUCGAAACUGGUAUCUGAAAGUCGUGACACACGUGUGUUGAACCUGUAUACAACUAAUUGCAAUUUGCUGCUAACAUGUGUCGAAUACUUGUCCAAAAGUCAUGGUGUUUUCAACCGACACAAGCACCUCUACCGACAGUUACUGGUCCAUUUGUCAGCCUUCGUUAUAUUGCGUUCCAAGAAUUCUUCGAAAAAGAGUCGAAAAAUGCUCGAAGAAAUGCUUGUAAAAAUGAUCCUAAACGACUCAUACUGGGUAGGCAUGAUGGGCCUAGAUAUCUGGAGCGUCUAUUUACGGUACCACCCAGUCGAGCUUCUUUGGCAGUAUUUUCAGUUUUGGAAAGUUGUGAACGAUCGAUUUUCUGCUUUUGUUUCUCAACCGAAGGUGGCCUUUGUGAGACGAUUAAUUCAUAAUAUGUACACGUUCAUGCCGAAGAGCAUGCAACAAGAAGUGAUGAUGAAAUACUCCGUUGUUGAUCCGGGAAAUCACAAAUUGUGGGUGGCAAUUGGUUUGAAAACUCCAGGCAAAUAUAUCACUGAAACGAUCAAGCAAUCACUGCUACGUAAUCUCAAGGAAAACUGCUCUAAUCUGCUGAAAAGCAUGAUUGCGGAAAACUUGUAUGCAACCCUUCAUAUGCUGCAUUUGCUUUGUAGUUAUGAUGAUAAGAAUAUGUUGCAGAAAGCAGAAUGUGAUAUAAUUCCGUUUUGGAAAUCUUUGAAACAUGACAAAAAAUGGUCAUCGAAGUACAAUACUGUAAUUUACACUAUUUUAAAUCUAACCGUCCAAUUAGCGAAACACGGUUCGAGCUCAAAUGCUCUACAGAGAGCCAUUUUGGAAAAUAUUACUGAAGAAGUAAGUUUUCAGAGUGCAACCUCCAAGCAGAAGCUGCUUGAACUUGUAAAACUUGUGCCACAAAGCAGUGAAAAAGUACUGAAGAUUCUCGCUAAAGAUAAAAAUAUGCUCAUACGAGUGAGUACAUUAUACACCAUAGCAACAAUGCCACCCUCCAAGGUGCGUGAAAUUGUCUGCAAUGAUGUUAUCUUGUCUGCUCUUCAACGGAUUCGCAAAGAUGUGUCAGCGUCAAGUCAUGACACGCGGCAACAGAUUCAGUACGGCAUUCAAACAGCGCUGGAACAUCGAUGUAGCGAGAAUGAUGAAGCAGUACAAAUUACGCAGCACAUAAGCGAUAGAAUCGACGAACUUUUUCCUGACGCCGAUGAAGAUUUUGAUAUUCCUGAAAAUAUCCUAAAUAGCGAAACAAGUCCUGCUGCGAAGCGACUGAAACUGGAUGUUUACGAAAUAUUGCCGAAUGUUGAUUCACCGGAGGGGAGUCUCAAUCGAAGAACACCGGACGAAACUAUUGCUGAAUUAAGUCGUCAAGUUAAAAUUUUGCAAAAAAUGCAUGAGCAAAAUCCAUUGAGUAUGGUUCAACUCGCGGAAAUUCGAAGACUUCAUGUUGCAUUGAGUGGUUUUGGUGAGUGAUGUGAAUCAGAAAUUGACGAAUAAUAAGAAUGUUAGAAUUUUGUUUUGUAUAAAUCUUAAACAUAAAAAAUCUUGUAAGAAAGAUAUCCCAUUCAUGAUUCUCAAUUCAUCAGUACAAUGGUUGUAAAUGUUUCAAAGGUCACAGAAUAUCAACAGGUA